AUGCAGUGUGCAGAGAAGCAGCAAGCGCUGCGUGCCGAAUGCAUGAUCUGUCGGGCCGAGUUUGCAAGCAUCACAGCACUGAGUGAGCAUUUGUUGCUCGCGUCGGCGGAGACACAGGUGAGGAAGCCGCCUCUGAUUUUUGGCGUGAACUCCUUUUUGGACAGUGUUCAUUGGAUCUCCCCGCUCGAAAUUCGCUUUACCCACGACAGCGUCCGAGCUGUCUUUCGCCCAUUCGAAGCAAAGAUCCGGGAGCCGGGCACAGUAGGCGCGUGCACGAACGCAGUGGCAGGACGAGAUGAAGAGAUCACUAGCGCGAAAGCGACGCGGGCACCGUCUCUAACAAUGGGCGAGAGCGCGGGUGUCCUUGCAGCGAACAACAAGCAUCAGCCCAAGAGAAAAACCAUUUUCCGCGAGCACUGGUCGAUUCUCGACUCGGCCACCGAGCUGAUCCAGCGAAAAACCGCCUCAACUUCCCAAGUGCCGCCCGAACUAGAACUGCUCGAAGUUUGUUGGCACGAAGACCAGCUUUACUUGGCCGGCACGGGGAACAGGCGCCUCACCAUGUGGCGCAUGCUGGUGGUGUUGAGGCCGGGGGAGUGGCAGAAGAUCAAGGUGAAGGUCGUCGACAAAGCUGACCCGGCCGUGAAAUUUGAGCAGAAACUCACGACCAAGUGUGCCGGCCUGUGGAUUGACGUGCGCGGUUGUGGCGUUGUGGGGCGGCGGUUGGAAGAGGGGGCGGCGGAGGAGCCCAAUGCGGUGGGCACUCGAUCGCUACCCGGAGAGGCCGCUGUGAUGUACACCGAUCCCGGCAUCCAGUGGCAGCAGGCGAUUGAUGUAAUUCUACAACGAGGAGGCAGUGCUGUAGAAGUGGCAGCAAUCGCAGCGCACGCAGAUGGUCGCGACGAGCAGGAGCAGCACGUGGAGGAGAACAAGAGCGCGAGUCCGUCGCGUCUACUAGGGAGAAGUGCUACAUCCCCUGCUUCUACAUCUCCUGAUGAUCAUGUGGUGGUUGACGCAUCUUCGGAUGACGCAUCAACUGGCAAAUUCGACGACGUGGCGUCUGAAUAACGAGUCGUGCUGAUGAAUUGUUGCAAGUUCUUACUGCUGUAAUUAUUUUUAGCAUGGAAAGAAGAAGACGAAGAUCAGGCUCAGGAUCUUUAUGUGGAGACGCAGUCGUGGCAUCGUCACUUCUUAUCGCUCUCCCAGUUCCUCCCAAAGUCACUCCCUAUUUUUCAUUCACUGUAUUGUUAAAAAUCAUAAUCGGACAAGACAUAGGAAGAACCCAUACCCACAUACCUUUAGUUUCGCGUCAUGUCAUUGAUGAAACCGAAAAUCCAG